AUGGCCGAUGAUUACGACAGCUCUUCAGGAGAACUUGUACUGUUCUCCAAUGACAAGGAUUUGCUCGAGAAGACAGAACAGCUUGAGAACUCCUUGCAAGACUACCUGCAGGGUCACAAACUCGAAUUGACAUGCGACAGAAAAUUUAUUCGAUGGGGGAGAGACAAUCCUAAGCACCCUCGGAACUGGUCUGAAAUAAGGAAAACAUUCGACACUGGUGUCAUCUGCGCUUUGGAUCUAUUCGUAACAGCCAGCAGCACAGCAGGUUCCGCAGCAGCUACACAGGCUAAAGAUGAGUUCCAUCUGAAUCAAACGAUCUCAACAUUCUGUUUCGUAACGCUAUUUCUUCUUGGCCAAUCCAUUGGCACCAUCGUCUUUCCACCGUGGUCCGAAGCAUUUGGUCGGAAGAAGACAUACUUGUUCAGUGCAGCCUUGAGCAGUAUUUGCUGUCUCGUGAUAGGUUUAGCACAUUCACUGACAGCAGUGAUUGUGAUGCGCUUCAUGGCUGGGUUACUAUCCGCAGUACCUGGUACUAUACUGGGUGGAAGUAUUGAAGAUAUGUUCAACUCGAAAGCUCGUAUUUGGGUUAUCUUCUUUUGGACAGUGGCGUCAAACAUUGGUUUGAUAAUUGGUCCCAUUACUAGCAGCUACAUCAUUGAGCUGCUGGAUUGGAGGUGGAUGUUUUACGUUUACGCCAUUGUCAUCGGUUGUAUCACAGCUCUUCUUUGCAUCGUUCGAGAAUCUCGAUCCUCCUAUAUACUCACCGGCGAGGUUGACCGGCUACGAAAGACUGUUCCAGCCCUACCCCCAGCUCUCAAUCAUGACCAUUCUCCGGACCUGCAAACUUUUGUCCGUGACGCCUUGUUUCGUCCAGCUCAGCUUUUCUGUCAAGAGCCCAUCAUCUUCACUAUAGCGAUGAUGAUCUCUGUCGCCAUGUCGCUUAUCUACAUAUUCACCGAAGCCCUCCAGCCGAUAUAUCAAACAAUGGGCCUCUCUGCAUCCCAGUCGUCUCUCAUAUUUCUGUCUCUCGGAAUCGGCACCUGUCUGAGCGCCUUCACCCGCAUUCUCGACUGCUACAUCUUCAACAGACGCAGAGCCCAAGGCAAGCCCAUUCGACCAGAGGACAAGCUGAUGGGACUAGCAAUCGGAGCCCCGUUCUUAGCCAUUGGUCUUUGGUGGUUCGGCUGGACCAUUCCACCCAAAGCUUCAGGAUCCCGGCUGUUAUGGGUUGCGCCAACGUUAUCUCUUGUCUUUGUCGGCUACGCUUUGACUGAGCUUGAUACGGUGCUUUAUGGCUAUAUCUCGGACAGUUACCUUAGUUAUUCAGCGAGUGCGACAGCUGCUGUUGCCUUUUUGCGAGGGAUUUUGUCGGGCACGUUCCCGCUGUUCACCAGGCAGAUGUUCGCUGGGCUCGGUGCAAACAUGGCCGUUUCGGUGCUUGCGAUAGUGGCUACAGUGUUUUGCAUCGUACCGCCGCUGUUCUUGUGCUAUGGCGAGAAAAUCAGAAAAAGAAGUCGCUUUGCGAAAUACAGCUGGGAGAUCCAGGAAGAGCUGGGAAACGAUGAAAGUGACAUGUAA